UUUUUAGCCUUACAAGACUUGACAUUACUUUCCCAAUAUUCCCCUGUUCGACGACAGGAAGUCUUUAGCCUUAGUCAGCCAGGUGGGCACCCACACAACUGGACUGCAAUAUCAAGGGAGUGUUUGAGUCUGCUGAGUGAUCUGACCCAGAGGCUGAUCACACAGCAGGAAGCUGCAGCAGCAAAUGGGAGAGCAAAGCAGCCAGCAGGAGAGCUGAAAGUAUCUCCACAGACUCCAGGAGCUGCUGUGACAGAAGACAUGUCUUUCCAGUCACAGAGGUCUAAUAUUGUUCCCAGAGCCUCCAUGUCUUCACUGGUUAAAUCAUCCCUAAUGCCUUUAAAGACAUCGCCUGCAUCUGAUGUUGGUUCGCCUUUCAGCUCGCCUGCUUUAAAUUGCAAGAUGGGAAUUCUGGAUGUAAACUCUCCUUGGCAUGGAUCAGUCCAGAGUCCUCAUGUUUUGAGAAGGGGACCAAAGCUGUGGACAUCAGGUUCAGAUCUGCAAAUGAAUGGUUCCCACCACGAAUCCUUCCCAGUGCUGUCUGCUGCAAGAGUUGGCAGUGAGGCAGUACAGCCAAGCUUUAUUUACACAUGGCUUCAGAACAAGCAAGAACAGAUAAAAAACUUUUUGUCAAAGCGAGUGCUCAUAAUGUAUUUCUUCAGCAAGCACCCAGAAGCCUCCAUCCAAGCUGUCUUCUCUGAUGCCCAAAUGCACAUCUGGGCUUUGGAAGGUCUAUCUCAUUUGGUAGCAGCCUCCUUUACUGAAGACCAAUUUGGAGUUGUCCAAACUACACUGCCAGCUAUCCUGAAUACUUUACUGACUCUUCAGGAGGUUGUAGACAGACAUUUCAAACUGCCUCAUGUUUCUAGCAAACCCCCCAGGAUUUCAGGAAGUCUGGUGGACACAUCCUACAAAACACUACGAUUUGCACUUAGAGCAUCUCUGAAAACAGCACUAUACCGGAUAACUACUGUCUUCGGAGAACACUUAAAUGCAGUGCAGGUGUCUACAGAACAUAAGAAAAGACUUCAGCAAUUCCUGGAAUACAAAGAAUAAAUAACAGAUUUUGAUGCAGCUACGUUUUGGGGUUUUUUUUCAACACUCUUGGUAAGAAGAAAGUGGGACUAAUCAGCCUUUUUAUCUUGGCUUUUUGGAAAAGCGUAUGGAAGUACAAGUCGGAGAACAAAACUUCUAGAACUGUAGAAGAGCUCUUCUGGGUUUGGAUUAUCUUUUGUAUAAUAAAACUUUUUUUUAAAAUUCA